UGUGAGGGCCAGAGGGACAGACAGCUGCUGAGCGUGGAGGAGCUCCUGAGCAGAGAGCCAGGAGACAGCCGGAGCUGCUAAAGGGACAAACCUGAAGUCACUCAGGAGUCACACCAGAUUCUCCUCAAAUCUGGAUCAGUCCACCCGCCUCAGAGGAGUUUUCAAAGUCUCUGUUUUCUUGUUUAAACUUGUGGAAUUAAAACCUGAGGAGAGCAGCUCCGGGAUCCGGUCUGGGUUGGGGUCUAGAUAUUUCUUCAUGUUCUGCACCCACAGAGAAGGACCACUGUGAUCCGGACCAGAGAGUCAACUUCUGUGUAUUUAUACUGUGCUGGACCAUGGUGGGGGAGAUGGAGGGGAAGGAGAAAGCUAGACCGAGUCCGGAUUACUUGAUGCAGCUCAUGAACGACAAGAAGCUGAUGAGCAGUCUGCCUAAUUUCUGUGGGAUAUUUCAGCACCUGGAGAGACUCCUGGACGAGGAGAUCAGCCGUGUGAGGAAAGACAUGUACAUCGACACUCUGAACGGUUCAGAGAGGAUCAGCAAGCUGCCGGAGGCCGUCGGUCCCAACAUAAAUCUUCAGGAGAAACUGUAUGUCCCCACCAAGGAGCAUCCUGAUUUUAACUUUGUAGGGAGAAUCCUCGGUCCUCGUGGCCUGACAGCAAAGCAGCUCGAGACGGAGACAGGAUGUAAGAUCAUGGUGAGAGGGAGAGGCUCCAUGAGAGACAGGAAGAAGGAGGAGCAGAAUCGAGGGAAGCCAAACUGGGAGCAUCUAAAUGAGGACCUCCAUGUCCUCAUCACAGUGGAAGACGCACAGAACCGAGCUGAAAUCAAACUCAAACGAGCCGUUGAGGAGGUCAAAAGGCUGCUGGUCCCUGCUGCAGAAGGGGAGGACAGCCUGAAGAAGAUGCAGCUGAUGGAGUUAGCCAUCCUGAAUGGGACGUACAGAGACGCCAACAUCAAACCCUCCUCCCUUGCCUUCUGUCUUGCAGCAUCUUCUCAGUCUCCUCGUAUUGUCUCUGGCCCCGCCCCUGUCUUUGCCCCUCCCACUGGCAUGCGUACGCCUGCUCCCACAGGCCCCGCCCUCAUGCCUCUGAUCCGUCAGAUCCAGACUGUUCUUCCAAACGGGACGCCUCACCCCGCAGCUCUAAUGCCCGGGGCGGGGCCCGAGUCCAGUUUCAUCUAUGCAACACCGUACGAUUACCAGUACGCUUUGGCAGCACCGGCCUCCAUCUUGGAGUAUCCCCUGGACUCAGGCGGGGUGUCAGGUAAGCCGGCCCACCCUUGUUCCUGCGACUGCUCCCCCAUGCCACACCACCAUCCCCAUGGCCAGUGGAGCCCAGCCCCCACAUUACUCCUCAGACACGCCUCCUGAAAGGUGUUAAACAAGUGCCCCACCUCGACACACCCAUAUGCCUUAUCACGGUGGAUCCUGCAGUGAAGCCCACCGCUGGACGAGUCGUCACCGUGAUGUCUCCUCAAAUUACCCGACCUGAAAACCCAGUGUUUAGAGUUUAUUGUUUAAGUUAUGGUUCUGAUGUUUUUGGGAGCUGUUUGACUCCCGCUGUUCUCCCAAUAAAUCACGACUUUGAAUAUGAAA